GAGCGGGCCUGGCGGGGCGGGACGUGCCGGAGCGGGCCCGGCGGGGCGGGUAGGACGCGGGGCUGGGCCGGGGCUGCCCUGGCUCUGCAGCUCCGCGUGCCCGCAUGUCCGGGCAGCGCGGGGCCCGGUGCACGGCGUGCUGCAGGGUGGGAGCCAGCAGCCUCACCUGCUGCUGAUCUUUCAGGCUUCCAGAACUGCUUUUUAUUCCUAGCACCUUGGGGGAAGAAAAAAAAAAGUUUUUGUUUCAUACAGUACGUUUCUUACAAAUAAUCCUGAGAGGGCUGAUGCAGCCAGGCCUUGGGUAUUGGAGUCUGGUGCAGGAAGGUGUCAUGCAGAUCAGGGCUGUAGGAUUUGAAGAGAUAGGGUUGUUAAUCCGUGUUGUGAUUAAAUCAAAUUCUGUUUAGAACCUGCACUUGCAUCAGGAGCCAUGUGGUCAGCUGAUGAAAUUGCUGAGCUGUGUUACCUGCAUUAUAGGACCAGACUCCCAAAGCAGGGGAAGCCAGACCCAAACAGGGAAUGGACUUCAUUGGCAGCUGUUGUCAAAGUAGAGUCUGCAACCCAAAGAGAGGCUCUUGCUAGUCCAGGGAAUAUGCAGGUAAAGAAGGAAGUUGUUGCUAUGGGAACUGGAACAAAAUGUAUUGGCCAAAACCAAAUGAGAAAAACUGGAGAUGUUCUGAAUGACAGUCAUGCUGAAAUUGUGGCCAAAAGGAGCUUCCAGAGGUAUCUUCUCCAUCAGAUAUGGCUGGCAGCUUCCCAUCAGCAAUGCAGCAUCUUUAUUCCAGGAACUGAAACUGGGAAAUGGAAACUCAAACCAAAUACCGUAUUUGUUUUCUUCACCAGUCAUACCCCAUGUGGAGAUGCUUCCAUUAUUCCAAUUAUUGAACCAGAAAAUCAGAUUUUUAAGCCACUGACUGGAGAUGAUGCAGCUGCACAAUCAGCAGAGUGUAGAAGUAGCCAUGAUCAUUUGGGUCCAGAAGAAAAAAGGAAACCAGAGAAAAUGGCAAGUAAUCAUGUAAUCAAGAGAAUGAAAACUGAUGAUGAUGGUUCUUUUUCUGUAAACAUGGAAGAGCUGGAUGUUCAGCAGCAACGAGAAGACGACACGUGUCCAAGCAGCUGUGAACGUUCUGCAGAGAUGGGAACAGCUAAUAAGGAGACUGGCUUAGGGAGACCAAAGGUAGCAGAUGUUCAUAGAACUGGGGCAAAAUGUGUACCUGGAGAGCUGGCUGAUGCCCGAAAACCUGGGUUAGGGUAUCACUGUGUGGGUGUACUACGAGUGAAGCCAGGUCGUGGGGACAGAACGUGCUCGAUGUCCUGCAGUGAUAAACUGGCUCGCUGGAACGUGUUGGGGUGCCAAGGAGCUCUUCUGAUGCACUUCCUGCAGUAUCCAGUGUAUCUGUCAGCAGUUGUAGUGGGAAAGUGUCCAUACAGCCAAGAAGCUAUGCAAAGAGCAAUUAUUGAAAGAUCCAAGAUCUGUAAAGUGGAACUCUUCCAUGCAUUCCAAAUGCUGGUGGCAAGCAUUUCAGAGGAGGAUCUACCAGACACUCUCCGGAUGAAGACUCUAGAAACCUACUGGGACUACAAGGAAGCUGCACUGAAUUAUCAAGAAGCCUGGAAAGUGCUGCGUAGCCAAGCCUUGCUGGGUUGGGUCAAGAAUGCCAAGGAAUACCUGCACUUCACAUAAGAAUACACAUGGAUAUGUAAAUCCAGCAGUAAGCCCUAGUGCAGGAAAAUACGUCCUCUAGUGCAUGUGCUGUAAGGGUACAGGGGUGAAAAGGAAAGCUAUUUAGAUAAGUCUUUAUUUUGGUUGAGUUGAAGCCCCUUUCUUACUGUAACAUAGAAAAGGAUCGCUGCACACUCAGAGUUCUGUGUUGCACAAAACAGUAACGCCUCCAAAAGAAAGGGAGCUGUGCUGUGCUAUCCUCCCUUAUCUGAAAAUUGGGCGUAGUCCAUUGCAAUGGAGGUAAUGUCAACUGAAAUGGAAGCAGUGCUAUGGAAGAAAGGUUGUCAUUGUAAGAUUUUAGUGCUGCUUUUUUUUCCUCUCUUUAUAAUGUUAUGGUUAUUUUUGUGUUGCUGGGACAACCCUAAUGUGUAGUAAGUAAUAUUUUUAUAAUUCUUGGCUCUUGUUGUUGGAUGCCUGGAAGAAUUUUCUGUGUCCCCCAGUCCCAUUGCUUCUAACUGGAAAUACUAGUUCUGUUAGAGGGUCUUUUUUUUCUGGGAGUCCUUCAUACAAAUUUCUAUUUACUCAACAUAGCCAAAGCAGGAGAGUGCUGGGGAGAAGACUCUAUCAAAUCAUACUACUUACGGUAUUCCAUGUGUCUUUCUUAAUUUCAGGACUUUGCUGGAAACCCCUUUAACUGCUUUGCUUCUGUGAUCAGGAAAGAAACCUUCUGAAUUACUGGGUUCAAACCUGUCAAUCCUGUGUAAUUACAGGCAAACAUUUACCUACUUCUCAGUGUUUCAAGCACUGUCCAUCCCCCUGUGAUAUAUGGUUAAUUAAAAGCAGGGAUGCCUUAGCCAUUUAUGUCACUGUUUCCUGGCAUGUGUUCAUCAACAGCCUGGCAAAGGUAGAGAUGCUGUGGGGAGGACUAGAAGUCUUCUCUGGCAGUCUUUGCCUUUGCACUUUAUUACCAGAAACAUCUGCAUGGCAAAACAGUCAACAUUGUGACCUGGGAGGAAGGAGCUGGCAGUCCUCCCUAAACUUUCUGUCCUAGUUACUGCCUUCUUUGAGCAAGGUCAGAACUACUAACUGCUACUGAGCACAUUCCCCUUCUGUACUUUUUCUGUUGUAAAUUACAGUUCAUAAAAUAUUUGGACAAGGCAAUGGCAGGAUGAAAGAAGUGGGUAAUUUAGAAUGUAAGAAUACUUAAGUGAUUGAGUUUUUUUUCUUUGGUAUCUUACUGUAGUUUUGGAUUUGAAAAAUGGGCACAGCAGUUCUCAAAACAGAACAGUACAUGUAAUGUUACAGUCUGAGAACUGAUUACAGCAAUCUUUUCACUUCACACUUGGGUUGACAUGUCAAAUAAGAAUAGUUCUGUCUUACUUAAAGAAAUAACAACUUGAAUUCUAGGUGUAUCAGCCUCUCCUCUCAAAUCCAGCACUAACAAACAGAAAAACCAGUGGUGUUGGUCAGGGGGGAUUUACUGUAUGUGUUUGUAGAGAGCAGGGGAUUGUGGAGAAGAGUGACUUGCAUUAGUCAUUAGAGGAUGAAAAAUGUCCAGAUGGAUGCCAUUGCAGAUGGGCUGGCUACAGGUGAACUGCUGAAGAGAAAUGGUGGCAGUUACUGUAGUUGAGCAAAUAGCAUUCCAAGGGCAGAGUCCUGUAAUGUACAUAAAAAGGUAACAAGUAAAUUUUCAGGCUCCUGAAACUUACCUUUAUCCUUCCCUGAAAUCUUGCAGAAAUUGUACCUUAACAUACCUAGUGUCCCUUUUUUAAUCAACAAGGUCUGUAGUGAACCUGCUGACCAAACUGGAAUGUUCCCAUUUCCUAUCCAGCUGCAAUAUUAAAAUGGGUUACGUAAGGCUGA